UUGCGUCCUUUCAUCAUCGGCGUCACAUCGUGUCUCGAGAGCUUGCGAAGUUCUAUUUCGAAAGCCGCACUCAGUCUCAUCAAGACGCUGGCGGUGCAUUUAAAAGGUAAGAUCAACGGUGAACUUGGAUGCGUUUUCCCGAGCGUUCUCAAGCGCGCCAGCGAGUCGAGUUUCCUCUCAGCAGAAGCAGACGAGGUUUUGCACGUCUUGAUAGAGGCGGCUGCCCCUCACGCAGUUAUCCGGACACUGUCGCAACAUGUUUCGGCUCGAAGACUUCAAGCGAAAAUCGCGUUCGCCUUGACGUAUUGUGUCGAACGCAACGCCGAGUGCGCCUCCGUCUUUCGAGGGAGAGCUGGACGGACAGCUUUAGACCUCACCCUCGCGACUCUGGACGUGUGUAUUCGUGGGGGGCAUCCGGACGCCAGACUUUAUGCAAAACGCUGUCUCUCUUGCCUGAUUGACGUACUCGGGAGCGAUGGAUUGGAGAAACCGAUGCGUGCGUAUCCCGAUUUGUUCGCGUUUGAAGAAAGUGGUAACGCAUCCGUAUAUUAA